AUGAGUGCGGCCACGAUACUACUCCGACGGCUCCUGACAGCUCGAGUUCGCCUCCAGCUGGGUUCGGGACCCCAAGGGGUACACGGACGGUUUGCCACUGCCAAUAAACUCGGAGAUAGCAGCUCCCUGCUGACAGCGGUGGCGAUUACGGACCCGUUUGUGCUUUAUGAGAACUACGUGGCACUGGGAGUGAUUGAGCCUGAUGAAGCUCAGCUCCGGGUGAUGAAACAUUUCCAAAAGCUUUAUUAUCGGUUGCUAGGUUACGUCCCGAAGGGUGAAGUUGAAAAUAAGAUCCAGCUUAUCUUGAGGGAUCUUGAAUACCACCGGUUCCACCACGCCGAGCGAGAGAAACAAAAGCUGUGGCUCCACGCCAUCAAAUGGUACCCCGACCCUGAAAGACAAACACGACAAGUGAUGAAGUUUGUCACUGAUGAAGAAGAAAUUAUGGAUCAAGGGUUUUCGCCUCAAGGAUUAUUAGUUAAUGGUGAUGUGGGCUGUGGCAAGCUGAUGUUGAUGGAUAUAUUUGCUCAACUGUUACCGAUGCUGCUGAAGAUGAGAUGGCACUAUUCAAAUUUCAUUUUGUGGGUUUUCACACAGAUGCACAAGUUGCAACAAGACCGUCAAUUUGAGAUGCAAUUAGCCCGAAACCACGGCGUGUACCUGGACCAUCGGCUUCCCUCGAUGGAACGUGAGUUUUUGUUAUUUCAUGUGGCUCGUCAAAUGAUUGAAAAGUCUACCGUGUUGAUGCUUGACGAGUUUAUGCUCCCCGAUGUGGCUCUGGCUCAUAUUGUGCGGAUCCUCUUUACUUACUACUUUAAACUCGGUGGGGUAUUGGUGGCUACGUCCAAUAAACUUCCCGAGGAGUUAUACUCGCAGAAUUUCAACAAAACGAGAUUUGCCGGUUUUGUUGGGGUAUUACACGCUCGUUGUGAGCUGGUGGAUAUGAAAGAAGGUACUACCGAUUAUCGGGAAAAAGCAGCUAAUGAAACUAAGACCCAACGGGUGGUGACCAACUUCAAAGAUAUUGAUCGGUGGAAGAGAUUGGUGGAGCCAGUGCUUCAAGGCCCCAUCCAACCCGCUACCCUUGAAGUGUAUGGUCGCCACAUCGAAAUCCCUCAAACUUAUGGAGAUGGUAAAGUCGCCUACUUACCAUUUGACGAAUUCUGUGGCGGGCUUUACGCUGCUAGUGACUACAUUCUGAUCGCACUGAGAUUCCCCGUGGUGGUGAUCGAUAAAGUACCCAUAAUGACGCUUCGUCAAAGAAAUGAGGCUCGACGUUUGAUCACAUUGAUUGACGCUGUGUAUGAGGCUAAGUGUAAGCUUUACUUACGCACUGAAGCUCCCUUGAACCAAUUGUUCUUCCCUCUCGAAUCCAAUGAUACCGAUACCACCCAGGAGGAUUUGCAGCAACAGGAGAUGUUUGCCCGUACGCUUAUCGACACCGAAAUGCCUUAUAGACCCAACGUGUCCACUUACGAUCAAGACCAUACCCAAACUUACGUCACUGAAGAAAGUGACCACAGCGCUGAACCUCCUCUGGCUCAAGAUUAUACCGAUGCUAGAGCGUUCAUGGGUGAAGACGAGAAGUUUGCUUACAAACGUGCUGUGCUGAGACUUGCUGAGAUGGUGCUGGAUCGCUGGGCGAUGAUGGAUCGAUGGGUACCCGUCGAUGAUACCAUGAGACCAUGGGAGGAGUCGUCCGAACCCGACAAAAUAGCUCCACAACUGGGAGGCAAAGAAGGUCCCGUUGUGGCUCCAAACGCCCCUAAAUUUGACGAAGGUCAUGUGUGGCAAAUGGGGAGCUGGACAGCCACUAAUGCCGACCGCGCUAAAGACCCGAUCACGAAGCAAUGGCUCAAGUCAGGAAUGAAGAACAACUCAGAAGAAGCUGCUUCGCCUUUUGACAAGAAGCAGUAG